ACCCGUCAGUCUGCCGGCUGUCGAGUUCGCGCUGUCAGUGGAAAUCAGGAGCUGGUGUGGUACUGGUUGUUUUGUUGUAAGGUCCGUAAGAGAGUGUAGUCCUCGUUGAAAUCGCCUAUGACUUACUCAUCGGCAAUAAGUGGAUUACCAGAUUGAAAUUCUACCUUACAGAACUAGAGUAAGGAUGUCGCCGAACAUAACGAGUGCACCAACGGGGGUGCUUUUCGAGGGCGAGACGGUGGAAGACACGACGAUCGUGGCGCCAGAAAUCCAAAAAGAGAAGCCACAGUACGUCAGACAAAUCGUCUGGCGAAAUGUAAUCAUAUUUGUCUACCUCCACCUCACCGCUCUCCACGGCUUCUACCGUAUUUUCACCUCUGCCAAAUUAACAACUACGAUAUUCGCAUUUUUCCUUUACCAGCUAUCCGGUCUGGGUAUUACGGCUGGUGCACACAGACUUUGGGCCCAUAAAUCCUACAAAGCCAAAUGGCAACUAAGGCUACUGCUCACCACCUUCAACACGCUGGCGUUUCAGGACGCGGUCUUAGAUUGGGCUCGAGAUCACAGAGUGCAUCACAAAUACAGCGAAACAGACGCUGAUCCGCAUAAUGCGAAAAGGGGAUUUUUCUUCGCUCACGUUGGAUGGUUAUUGUGCCGAAAACAUCCGGACGUUAAGCAAAAGGGCAAAGGUAUCGACCUCAGUGACCUUGAGAGCGACCCCAUACUUGCCUUCCAGAGAAAGUACUACAUGUUUAUCAUGCCGCUGAUAUGUUUCAUCCUGCCAACGGUAAUUCCUGUCUUCUGCUGGGACGAAACGUGGAGCAACGCUUAUCUCAUACCAGCCGUUCUGAGGUACGUCGUAACCCUGAACGCAACGUGGCUCGUCAAUUCAGCGGCCCAUCUAUUCGGCAGCAAACCCUAUGACAAGUUCAUAAACCCCUCGGAGAAUGGGGGAGUGGCGUUCGUCGCCCUGGGUGAAGGAUGGCACAACUACCACCACGUGUUUCCGUGGGAUUACAAAACGGCGGAGCUUGGUAACUACAGAUGCAAUCUGACGACGGCGUUCAUCGAUUUCUUUGCUAAAAUCGGUUGGGCCUACGAUUUGAAGAGCGUUUCGACCGACAUGGUCAGAAAACGAGUAGAGAGGACGGGGGAUGGCAGCCACGAGGUUUGGGGAUGGGGGGACAAGGAUCAACCCCAGGAGGAACGAGAAGGAGCUAUCAUCACCCAUCAAAAGGCCCAGUAGUUUGUUAAGUGGUUUAAUAAUAAGUAUAGUGAAUACGGCUGCGGGACAGAGAUACGCUUUCGGGGGAUUAAAAUAGACAAGAAGAUUGAUGAAGAAAGAAGGAAAAAAUAAAUACGGAAGCCAAGACGAUUGUUAGGAUACUUAUUCGUCAGCCAAAUUGAUCAAAUUUAAAUUACUGAAUUUUCUUAUAUUUGUUCUCUCAAUGGGAUGUCCAGCGACCUAGAAAACUUGCGGAUAUUUAGGCGUUUUCAUUAUUAUUAUUGUUGUUUUUCUUGUUGUUGUUAUUAUUAUUAUUAUUAUUAAUAUUAUUAUUAUUGUACAUAAACGAUUUUGUUACACAAAUGACAAUUUCAGGGCAAAUCUCAGGGAAUCUUGUAAAGAUCUUCAAAUCUUUUUUCUUUCUUGCUAUGCCGGUGUCGUUUCCAUAUUUUCUUUUCGUUUCUUCUUUUUUUUUGUAAUUUUGUCAAAUCCGCAUUUUCACGACGUUCAAUCGGGUGCGAUUUAAUACAAAAUGAUGGUUGAAUCAGGCAAAAUAUUUUUCUGACAUUUUCGAGAAUGACGAAGCACCGUGCAUGUACUGAUCGUAAAAAAUGGGUUAAUUCUGGUCUGAAAAACCUGGAAUUUCGAUCCGCCCUAUCGCUAGACAUCCUGUCGUGAGAGAAACCAAAAUACUUUUUCUUUUUACGAGAAGAAAAUUCGGUAUGUAUUGGUAGACGUUCAGGGGUGUACUGAUACUUUUUACUCACGAUAUAGGUAAGCAAGGUUAGAGUCAUCAGAUCAUUUUAAUGUAAAAACGCAUACGCGUCUAUUGUAAUAUAAAUUCUUAAGUUUUCAUUUGCGUCCAAAAUUACAGACUGCAUAAAAUCCGUUCGAGUAUAUACUGACAUUUGAAAUGCUUGAUUACAGCGUAAAUUUGCGAAGACAUGAAUUUGUCAACAUUAAAAUUACAAUUUUUACGAAAAAUCUUAUUUUUGAAAAUUGAAACACGGGAAGCGUCUCAAUCGCCUUUUUCGGAGAUAUUUUUUAGUUUUAACCGUAGUCACCACCUUGGAGUGUCACUUUGGAAAAUAUUUGGCGUAUGGCCACUUCGUUUUCUACAAAAAAAUGGAAGCGUAUACGUAUUUUUGCGAUUCAAGGAAUAUAGUGAGGCACUCAAGUAUCAAAACUGGUUAGAUGAAUGGAUAUUUUUUGAACGUUGAUUGCCUUCUUUACCAGUACCACUUAAUUUUGAUCUGAACUGUCAGAGUAAACGCGAUACUGGUCUUAUUAAUACCAUAUGGGUAUUUUGGCUUGUAAAUAGUUUGAAUCUUUAGUGUACACAUAAAUAUGGAGAAAAUAUUUGUCUGUCACUUCGAUUUAUUCGUUGCCUAAUCUUCCGAGGAUUGCCGAUUGGCCCAAUGCUUGAAGAGAUGUGAAAAUUAUAUCGCUGAUAAAGUAUCAAAAUAUAUUUGUAUAAAAUCUUAAGAGUAUCUGUAAUAAGUAAAGUUAAGUGUAGAUAUAUAUAUGUAUAUGGUUAAGCCAGGAACCCAGACUCCCGUGGAGUCGAGUCAAAGGAGGUUCUCAAUCUGACAAAAUAACGAAACAGACGAUUCGUUCGAUUGAGAAAACUUAUUAAUAUGGUUUCGUUGAAUUCAUCUUCAGUCAGAUGUAGACCGGUUCAGGUAUCGCCAGUUGAUAUGAACAGUUUUAAGAUGAUGAAAACGAGUUUAAAAAUCGAAGAGAAUUUUUUCUGACCCGAGGAAAAAAUCUAAUGUAGCGAACAUUUACGAUAUGACGAACUUUCGGUGAGCCAAUCGCGUCUAGCGGAUGUAAUUGCUCAUUCUUGUUUUUUUUUUUUAGUUCGAUAAAUAAAAACUGAAAAUAAAUUUUUCAUUACAGAAUCAUUCAAGUUCAACCGAUCUGUCAUUUCAACCAGAUAUUUUAAUUAUCCCAAAUUUCCCUUCGCCAUUACCCAUCCGUCGGUACAUUUCGUAAAUCGCCAUUUUUGUACUAACGAGAUUGUUCAGUUAAAGUUCGUCCAUCGCCAUUACAGAAUGUGGGUGUUUAGAAGUUUCGUGAGUUUCCUGCGUGAUAAUAAUUUAGUUUGUACCGUUAUUAUUUAUUCUAUUUUAAUUCUUUGUAAUGUGACAUUUUUUGUUUUCAUUUCUUAGUCAGUGUGUGUUUCCUUUAUUGAUUUUUUUUCCCUCUUUUUCUUCUUUAGGUUUUUUCUUUUUCUCUCAAUGAACUACAAAUAUACGCAGGCUCGCGAUGUAUUUGCUCUUUCUGCAGUCCGCGAGUAGACGAGCAUUUUUUUUUUUUCUUGCUUAUUUCAAAAUUAUUCGUAUAUCAUUUUUAUAGAUAUUGGUUUAAAAUUUUCGUACAUUAUUGAUGAUACGAAUAAAAUCUGUCCAAACAAACCACUUUUUCCUAGAAAGUCUAUUAUUUAAAGAGAGAAAAAGAAUGAAUUGGAAGAAAAAUAUUUUUAAUAUCAUAUACCGAAAAUUUUACUGUUUAUUUAACGAGUUAGGCACCAAUAAUUAAUAUGCAUGUUCGUGUCCCGCUCUGUCCAAUGAUUCAUUGAACGCAACAUUGGGGUUAUUAUUCAAUGUAACAAUCAAUCAAAUCAUCGAGAUAUCCUUGCGGAGAUGACAGGCAAACGUAAUUUACGUUAUGUAAGAUGGUCCAUGGAAUUAAAUGUUUUAUGGUGUGUAUCAAGCGGAAGAGGAAAGAGGAAUUGUCUGAAUAAUUGAAUACCAUUGUCGAAUUAAUUUUCUCUGUCUUUGGUACUUUUCUUUUCAUUUCGUCAUUUAUUCAUUUGCUUUUUUUUUUUUUUUUAUUGCUAGUGUCAUUUUUAUGCCGAGUGCAUUACCCUGAGCCGCGAAUUCAGAAUUUCCAAUAAUGAUAAAGGACAUGUAACAUUUCCAAGUUGCAUAUUUCUUCCACGCUCAUGUACACACAUCGUCGCUACAGGGUGAAAUCAUAAAGGAAUGGGAGUCGUGAGUGUAAUGAUACAUUUUUACUUUGUGAGGUAAACAAGAAAAAAACAUUAUGAAAAGUGGACGAACGACAAGAAAAAAAAAGAAACUAACAAAACAAAACAAAACAAAGGAAGCUUUAGGUCAUACAAAACAGAAAUGACAUUAAUUAUAUAUAUAUAUAUAUAUAUAAUAAAAAUAAAAAUAUAAAAAAAAAUAUAUAUGAUAUGUAUAUUUAGCAUUCAAGGAUUGAAAAGUUUAUUAUAUCUAUGUAUAUAAUAAAAUAAAUAAAAGUUAUAUCGCUGUAUGUAUAUUGUGUAUCUCUGUUACACUGCAGUGUUAUGUGUAUAUAUUAAAAAAUAAUUUGUUUUACUAUAUUUUGUUACUUUUAAUUAUUACAUUAAUACGAGAUGUACCAUUUCGUGAAGGUAGCAAAACAAAUUGUAAGGAUUUACUUAGGAUACAUUGUACGACUUAAAUAUUGUAUACCGUCAUUUAACAUGCCAAACUCUGUGGUACCGUGUUCGAAAAGUUCUUUAAUUAAUAGUGAAUCGCAAGUCUUUGAUAGUGUGAUGGUGUAAUUUUUUUCUCUGAUACCUGAUAUCUAUUUUCGUUAAUAUUGUUGAUAUCUGAAUUACUCCACAGAGACUGCGUUUUACUGUACAAUGAGAUAAUCGCGGUACACGGAAUACUUUAACUUUAUAUUUUUGAAUGCAUGAUACUAAUAACAUUUGAUUCUACGUGAUACAUGGAUGUUGGCAGAGAAAAAUAGCACAAAUAUCAUAACUAUCUACGUGAAAGAAAACCUAAAUUGUUACGUGGCGACCUUAUUUAUUACCACUUUUAUUAAUAUCUGUCUUAUAUUAUAUUUCUUUCUCAUCCUCUUCGAUCGAGAAUUAGAAGUUCGAUCAAAUAAAGGUAAUAAUCAAUCUUACAAGUCCUAACAAUACCGUUCAAGCCGAAAAUUUUUAGGCAUAAUCAAAUUACAACUGAAUACAGGAAUCAUUUUGACUGCGUAUGCUUUGUAUGUAUAACUUGUGAAUUGAUAGAUAUCUGUUAGCUGAGGUAUUACAAUACCAAAAAUAAGAGAAAACGAAGUGAAAGACACAUCUAUUUUCAUUUGUAAAUGAUGAACAAUUGUCGUAAAUGUAUUAUAUGAUGAAUAACUAUGUUAUUAUUUAAAUAUUACGAUAUUUAAUAAAUAUAUACAUAUAUAUUUUUGAGUAAAAAAGAAAUGACAAGAAAAGAAAAUUAAGCCCUUUAAUUCGCAGUGAUCAAUUUUUCUCAAUCCUAAUUAUCAUCAAGCGUUUGCGGGUAUAUGUAUAAUGCAUAAUGGUAUAAAUCUAAUAAUCCUGCGACUCUCAGUGAAUCACAAAAUUAUAAACUUAUUGAAAAAGGUGCAAGACAAAGUAUCGAAACCUUGGAAACACCCACGUAUUUCGUCUCUGUUAAAUCAUGCUUUACAAGUGUAUUACUGUAAUUGGCUGAAUAAAAGAGGAAGGGAUAACAA